AUGGAGAACGGCGAGGGAGGGGGAGGGGAGUACACCAAGGAAGGCUUUGUCGACCUCCGCGGUGACCCCGCCCUUUGCUCCAAGCGUGGUGCUGGACUGCUUGCACCUUCAAUCUCCGUGGACAGCUACGGCCUCAGCUCGAAUCUUCGAACAGCCUUCCCCCACGCCGCCCCCUCCACGCGGACGCGGGUGGCGCUGCUCAACUUCGACCACGACGAGGUCGAGGAGUGGAAGGCGCGGAUGCCGCACACGGACGCCUCCGCGGUGCGUCUGGACCACGUCGGGAGCGACGUCACCUGGGAGCACCUGUACCCGGAGUGGAUCGACGAGGAGGAGUUCUACGGCGCGUCGGCGUGCCCGGACCUGCCGGAGCCUACGGUAGCGCCGGAGGAGGAGGCAUACGACGUCGUCGCGGUGAAGCUGCCGUGCGGGCGCGCGGCGAGCUGGUCCAAGGACGUGGCGCGGCUGCACCUGCAGCUGGCCGCGGCGCGUCUCGCCGCAUGCGGGCGCCACGGCGGUGCUGCGGCGGCGCACGAGCUCGUGGUGAACCGGUGCUUCCCGAUGCCGAACCUGUUCAGGUGCCGUGACGAGGUUGCGCGCGACGGCUACGUGUGGCUGUACAGGCCGGACGUGAGCGAGCUCAGCCGGAAGCUGGAGCUCCCCGUGGCGUCCUGCAAGCUGGCCAUGCCGUUCAGAGCACUCGGCGAGCCGUACGUGUUGGCGGCGCCGCAGCGCGAGGCGUACGCGACGAUCCUGCACUCGGAGCAGCUGUACGCGUGCGGCGCCAUCACGGCGGCGCGGAGCAUCCGGAUGGCCGGGUCCGGGCGGGACAUGGUGGCGCUGGUGGACGAGACGAUCAUCGCGCGGCACCGCGGCGCGCUGGAGGCGGCCGGGUGGAAGGUGCGGACCAUCCGGAACCCGCGGGCGUCGCGGGACGCGUACAACGAGUGGAACUACAGCAAGUUCUGGCUGUGGACGCUGACGGAGUAA